AUGUCUCUAACCUUCACCCAAGGUUUCCUGCUCGGCCAGCUUUCCGUCGUCAUUUUCCUCGGCUGCUUCAUCAAGUUCUUCAUCUUCGGCGAAGCGCCUUCUCCGCCCUCCCGAACGUCGCGGCGGACGCCGAAGCACGUCCGGACGACCUCACUGCAUGGGAUUGCAUCCUCCAAAAGCUCGGUUCCCCAGUCGUUGCGCAACAAGGCCAGUGCCUCCAACGUCAUCCGUCCCGUUCCCACAAACGCGACGGACAUUGCCUCAAUUUUGCGCAGGACGUAUUAUCAGAUCCCGAGCCGCGGGCAUGGCAAGAACAAUCAUUCGACACAUCAGCCCGAGAGUCUAGAUUGGUUCAAUGUGCUGCUGGCCCAGACCAUAGCCCAGUACCGCCAGACGGCGUACAACCUACGGGACGGCUCGGGAGGGACGCCCACAAUCCUGGCAAGUUUGGAGGCGGCGAUCAAUGACCCUGUCAAGAGACCGUCCUACAUCGACAAGAUCAAGAUCACCGAGAUCUCCAUGGGCGAGGAGUUCCCCAUCUUCAGCAAUGUCCGAGUCAUUGCCCUGGAUGACGAGGUCUCGAGUGCUACGGGAGGUAGAUUGCAAGCCUUGAUGGACGUCGAUCUUUCCGACGACAACCUGACGCUGGCCAUUGAGACUGCCCUUAUCCUCAACUACCCCAAACCCUUCUCUGCCGUCCUGCCGGUUGCGCUUGCAGUUUCCGUCGUGAGGUUCUCUGGGACCCUUUCCAUUAGCUUCGUUCCUGCCACUGAGGACGAUCCCUCAAACACCAAACAAUCCACAUCGGGUAAGCCCAAAACUAGUCUCGCUUUCUCCUUUCUCCCCGACUAUCGACUCGAUCUCUCCGUCAGGAGCUUGAUCGGCUCCCGCACCCGGUUGCAAGACGUCCCCAAAAUUGCGCAGCUUGUGGAAGCACGAACUCAGGCUUGGUUUGAGGAGCGUGUCGUCGAACCAAGGGUUCAGGUGGUGCCUCUACCUGGUCUCUGGCCACGCAUGGGUAAGACCAGAUUAAGAGAAGGACAGGAUGACGACAGACCACCUACCCAGGACGAGCAUCAAUCGUCCUCAUCUGUCGAGCAUCGGAAAGACGUGGCUCCGAAUGACAACUUCCCUUCACAAGAAGAGGCCGAAAAACUGAUUAGAGGCCUCAGAUGGCGUCAUCAGCGUACCGACAGUCAAGUAAUCGAACACGAGGGCGAUGCUCCUACGCCCCAGGCAGUUCGGGUAAUGCCUGGGGCUUUACCCGCCUGA